AUGGCAGAUUCCGCAUCAAAAAGAAAACAGGGCCCUGGUAGCUCUGACGGCUCGGCAUUGAAGAAGAGAAAGGAGGGUACAGCUGGGAGAUGGAAAACGCCGGCUCAAAAGGCAAAGCAGGCCUCUUGGGCGGAAAUGGGCAAAACGCUUGAGGUGGGCGAUGAGGGCAUCUGGGUUACCUAUGCAAGGGGCAUGAAGGGCAAGGCAGUCCGAGAGUUCAAAGCCUUGUGCGACGAGUACGGCGAAAAGCUGUACGGCAUCAAGCCGCCAGUUGAUGAGACGGAGCCGAAAUCAGGAGACGAGGAUGAAGACAUUGAGGCAUCUAUCCAAAAGGAGCUUGAAGCCAUGAAGGCACCCAAACAGCCCCAGGCAAGAGGCAUCUUCUCCCCAGUGUCGGUCACGAUAGAGUGCGUCUUCUUCAUGAAGACGAUGAGGCCGGUGGAUCCCUGCCAGCUGGUGCUUGAGAUAUGCAGGGAUGCGCAGAAGUGUGAGAGCCCAAAGGAUCGCAAGUGCAAGUAUAUUAACCGGUUGACGCCCGUGGUGGAUACGGAGAAGGCGUCUGAGAAGGGAGUUCAAAGAGUGGCACGGAAGGUUCUAGCCUCGUUUUUUAGCUUGAACGAGGAGGAGAAGGAGAAGGAAGGGGAAGAAGAGAAGCCAGAGGAAGGCUCGGAUGGAGCAGAGGAAGUGAAAGAAACGGCUCAGGCGGCGGCGGUGCCAGAGGCGGAAACCCGGCAAGCCGAGACAGGCGCCCCUUUUACGUACGCCAUACGACACACCAUGAGAAAUCACAGCAUCCUGGAAUCACAAGCCGUCAUCAAAAUGGUUGCCGGCAUGAUCAAGCCUGAGCACAAAGUCAACCUCAAGAACCCAAACAAGGUCAUCCUCGUCGAGAUAUUCCAGAUGUUUUGCGGUAUCUCUGUGGUCGAUGCCAAGGAGUGGGAGGAGCUGAAGCGGUAUAACAUCAAUGUACUUUAUGGCAUGGCAGGCGAACAAAAGAGUGGUGGUGGCGGCAAGGCUGUUAAGCCUGACUCGGAGGAUUGA